AAAGUAUACAACCUUUGAACGCACAAUUACAAAAUCACCCUUAAAUCUCAAAAUUAGUUUACCUUCUUCUUCCCUUCUUCACAGUUCACCCUACCAAGUGAAGCCACCCUCUGUUUUGCAUCCACCACCAUAACUGCCGCCGCCCCACCAACCGCUGCCGAUAAUAAUCGCCGCCUUCAAACCCACCUCUUUCCUUUGUUCCGUCACAUUUUUAGCUAGGGUUUAUGAAUUUAAGGGGAAUGAAUUCAAAUCUAAAUCCUUAAUAAACCCUAAUAAGUUUUUCAAUAAUUUGGAUUUUUGCGAGUAAUGCCCAUCAUUGGUUUCGCCUUAAAGAAGCUCAAUUCCAGAUUAUUUUCGAUUCCAAGUAAGUUGGUAUUUUACCCUUUGCGUUCUUCUUGUUUUAUUUCUGAUAUUCCAGCUCAAAAUGUAUCAGAAUUUGAAGAUGAAAUUGAUAGUGAUAAUGAUAGUGAUGUUGAACCUGUUAUUAUCAAAGAAAUAUUUGAUUCAGCCCCGAAAAUGGGUUCUUAUCAAUUGGGUGAUUCCACCUUUUAUUUGCUCAUUGAAAAUUAUGCAAAUUCAGGUAAAUUUAGAUUAUUGGAGGAAAUAUUUGAUAGAAUGAAACGCGAACGUCGGGUUUUUAGGGAAAGGGAUUUUAUUGUAGUGUUUAAGGCUUAUGGGAAAUCAAAUUUGCCUGAAAAAGCCAUGGAAUUGUUUGAAAGAAUGGUGAAUGAAUUCGAUUGUAAGCCGACGAUCCGAUCAUUUAACUCUGUUCUAACUGUUGUUAUUGGAGUAGGUUUGUAUGAAAAGGCCUUGAACUUUCAUGAUAGUGUUGUUGGAAGUAUGAAUGUUGUACCAAAUGUGUUAACUUAUAAUUUGGUUAUUAAAGCUUUGUGCAAGAUGAGAAAGGUUGAUAAGGCUGUAGAAUUAUUUAGAGAAAUGCCUACUCAACAAUGUGUUCCUGAUGCUUUUACUUAUAACACAUUGAUGGAUGGGUUGUGCAAGACGGAUAGAAUUGAUGAAGCAGUUUCGCUGUUGGAUGAGAUGCAGGUAGAGGGUUGUUAUCCCAUUCCAAUGACAUAUAAUGUACUGAUCAAUGGACUUUGCAAGAAGGGUAACAUGCUCCGAGCAGCUAAACUUGUUGAGAACAUGCUCUUGAAAGGUUGCAAUCCUAAUGUAGUGACUUACAACACCCUUAUUCAUGGGCUUUGUUCGGUAGGAAAAUUGGAUAAAGCAAUGAGUCUCUUAAAUCACAUGGUAUCAAACAAGUGUCUGCCUAGUGAUAUCACUUAUGGAACUCUUGUUAAUGGUCUUGUUAAGCAAGGAAGAGCUGUUGAUGGAACUGAAUUAUUGCUUUCUAUGGAAGAGAGGGGAUUUCGAGCUAAUGUGUAUGUUUAUUCCUCUCUUCUCAGUGGGUUGUUUAAGGAAGGAAAGCCAGAAGAGGCAAUGAGACUUUGGAAGGAUGUGAUAGGGAAAGGAAUUAGUCCAAAUAUUGUCCUUUAUAGUGUCUUGAUUGAUGGUUUGUGCCGUGUUGGAAGACCUAAUGAUGCUAAAGAAGUAUUAUCUGAGAUGAUCCAUAAGGGCCUUAAACCUAAUCCUUAUACAUAUAGCUCCUUGAUCAAAGGGUUUUUUAAGAUAGGUAACAGCCGAGAGGCACUACUUGUCUGGAAAGAAAUGGAAGAUAAUGAUUGUUUUUAUAAUGUGGUUUGUUAUAGUGUGCUUAUCAAUGGUUUGUGUGAGGAAGGGAAACUUACAGAGGCUAUGGCAUUUUGGAGACAUAUGUUGGGUAGAGGGUUGAAGCCCGACACCGUUGCUUAUAGUUCAUUGAUUCAUGGCUUCUGCAAGGCUGGCUUGGUUGAUCAGGGGUUGAAGGUUUUUAAUGAGAUGCUUUUUCAAGGCAUAGAUUGUCGGCCAGAUGUAGUAACUUACAAUAUACUGUUUAAUGGUUUGUGCAACAGCAAUCAAAUAUAUAUGGCCAUUGAUCUUCUGAAUAGUAUGUUGGAUCAAGGAUGUGAUCCCGAUCUAUACACCUGUGACAUUUUUUUGAGGGCUUUGAGAGAGAAGAUGUACCCACCACAAGAUGGGAAAGAGUUCCUUGAUGUGCUUGUUUUACGAUUAUGCCAACGACAGAGAGGUUUAGCUGCUUCCAAUAUACUGCAAUUGAUGUUGCAGAAAUAUUUGUCACCAGAAGCUUCUACCUGGAAAGGAGUUCUAAUGUUCUGUUGCAAAUAUAAGAAGACAAUAGCAACUUUGGACAAGUGUAGGAUUAACUUAUUCCACUGACUGCAAUGGUUCUCGUAGCUGAUCAAUUAAUUACAAUGUCCUCAGCUGGAUUUUGGACAGAUUAUUUGAAUCAGUUCAGGGGAAAUCUGGACACUAUCAUGAACAUGUUGCUUCAGGUUCAUCUGGAAAUACAGAUUAUUAGUGGCUGCUCAUUAGACGGUUACCGCAUCGCUGAUGUAAUCAUAUGAUUGAGAUAUUUAACCUCAAUGAUCAUUGAUCUAGAGGUAUUAUAUGGAUUCUUUCCCCUUCUUAAUCGAGUAUAAGAUCCUGAAUUUACUUGAUCUACUGGAGGCUUCCAUCAAUUUCUGAUAUUGACCAUUUUUCUGGCGAUAAAUUAUGCUGCCAGCAGCUGCUCAAUGUUAUUUCUCAUGCCAACUGUAUUUAUGUACUCACUCACUUAAUAGAUCAAUUACACUGGUUUUUUGCAAUUCUUGCUUAUACCAAACAGAGUAUACUUAUCCCAAGUCCCGUGAUUCCAUGAAUAUUGUAUUAUUGACCACCUUUACCUAUUGGUUCUUUCUUUCCAGUUUCAUUGGAAGGCUUGAGGUGCUCUCAUUUCUCAGGCUGAUUUUCAACCAUUGGUGAGUGUCUGUGUACUUUUAUAGUUUUAUUAUACACAACUAUGCAAUCAUUCUAGGGAUUCUGCAGAAAUAACAAUGACAAGAAAUUUCCUGCUGAAUGAUUGGUGUCAGAUCUUGAGUAUUAUUCUGUCAAUAGAGCCUUAGGGUUACUAUAGAAAACAUACUGUAUAUUGUAUUUUAAAUGAUGAAAUUGGCAAACCCUGAACUUUCAGUCUGCGCUAUAUUUCAUUUCUGGUGAUAACUUGCAAGUUGCAACUAUUGCUGUUAUUCUAUAUAGAUUUCAAGAUGCAGAUUAUUCUGACCUUAGAAUCUGCAAAUUAUUGCAUAUGGACUGAGGAGUGAGGACAUGUGAAGGUCUGAAAACUUAAGAUGAUAGAGAAUCUUGUUGCAGAAAGACUUGUUCUUUAUUGCUUUUAUAUAUAUGAUACUUGAUGUUUAUUUUUUUUUCCAUGUUAAUACAGAAAUCUGGCCUUCCACCUAGUUGGAACAGCCUGUGUUACUGUUGAUGCGUGUUUAUCCCUGCUUCACAGGUAAGGUUGUGCUAAAUAUUUCUGAUUUCUAAAGGCUGAUGAAUGGUUUAACUUUUAUAAAUUCCAUGGUAUGGUAUGUGUAUACUUAGCAAUUGUGUAUUUUGCUAUUAUAAUCGAACUCUUGGUUCUAUUUUUCUUUUGACUAAUCAUCAACAAAUCCUUCAAAUUAUUCCCUGUUUAUACCCAUGACUUCAAGAAAAAUGUUUAAUAAAACUGCAAUGCAUUGAUAAACCAGAGCUUACUUCUGUUGCUAUGUGCACCAGAAACAUGAUGUAUAUUUUGUCCUCUAUAUUCAGUCGGUAUUUUCAUUUAUUCCCUUGUCGUAACAUGGAAGAAAAUACACACCUAGAAUAUUUCUGAGCCCCAAUUUUCACCUGUUAUUCUUGUAAUUAAAAGAUUUCUUUGGCACAACAGGGGAAACAAUGCAUAGAUUUUUUCUUGCUUUCUCUUCCUAUUUUUUCUUUGGAAUGUUGAAGUGUGGAUCUUGACUUUUUGUUCUACAGGUGGCAGAUAAUUCUAAACUGGACUGUUAGUUCUUCAGUGGCCUGUACAUGGUCACCGCAGAGCUGCUCUGCUCAAAACAACUCCGUAGAAACAUAAGUUGUGAAUAGUUUCUGUUCAACAAGGUCUGGCUGCAUAUGAUCAACAUUACAGCCUUAAGAACAUGUCAUAAAGAAAUGCGGUUUUAGAUUGUGAAUAUUACAGAUUCUUAACAAAUAGAGUUCACCCUUCUGAUGAACAUGGUUGGUGUAAAGCUGAAUAUCACGGAUACAACCAGGCAUGGAAGCUUAAAUUGUGAAGAUUACAGAUUCUUAAUUAAAUAUAUAUAUAUGCAUGGAAGCUGAAUUUCAUGGAUACAACCGGGCAUCACUUUUAUCAGCAAAUGAACAUGGUUAGUGUAAAGCUGUAAACAUUGAAGCCUUCAUAAAUCAGCGUAACUUAUGUUGAAGUUGCAAUAAAGACAAUAUCUGGAUCAGAAAAAGGGUUUUUUUUUUUUUUUUUUUGGUGUAGUAUUUAUUCUCAUGAGUUACUUUUGUGAUGCGUUUGUAAAUUCAUGUUAUACAUUUCGUAAAGUUUUUUUUUUUUUUUUUUUUUUUUUGUUUUUUAGAAGAUCAUUAGAAGAAAAUCGCGAACAUGAAUAGCCCUCAAUUUGGGAGACUAUCUUGUAUGUUAUCAAAGGCUUGUCAACGGCAACAUUUAUAGCAAGUUUAGGUUUUUUUCAA